CUACCAGGUACGCAAGUCGGUUCCUCAGCCUUGUCGUUACCAGCAACCAAACCCAACGCUUCACAAAGUCUCCCAUUACCAUCACCCACAUCGAAUAGUCUGACCUUUCUUUCUGUCCGAGAAUCCGUCCAAGUCUUUUCAAGUCUUUUACUCAGAAAACACUUCGCCAAACAUGGCUGUACGUCACUUUCGCACGAACCUCGUCUCCCACUCCUCCUUCCCAUCAUCAUGAGCACUUAACACACAUCUAAUGCACAACCAAAACAGAUGCGAAUCGUCCCCGGGAGCGCAAACCCCGCAACCUUCACAGCAGGCAACGCCGCCCCCUCGGUGCCAGGCCUCCACGACACCCUCCGCACCGGCCUCGGCCCCUCCCCCCUCUCCUCCUCCCUCCACCACAGCAGCAGCAGCAGCACCAACAACACCAACUCCGCCAGCGCGACGACGCCCUCCGCCGAGCUGACCAGCGCCCACCCCCUCGAAGCCCGCCUCAAGAACUGGGAAGCCACGCAGGAGGCCCUGCGCAUGGAGACCCUCCGCCGGACCUACGGCGCCGCCGAGCCCAUCCGCCGUCAGAUGGAGCUCAAGAUCACCCGCAACGGCGUCUGGCGCCCCGCCGCCCUCGGAGGCGGCUCCCACGCCAUGUCGCACCACGAGGAGAUCUUGCGCGGCCGCGACGACAGCAUCACGUGGGAGGACGUCUUCACCGGCGACGAGGCCGGCUGCGCUGGGGCCGGCAAUGCUGCGCUGACGGGCAUGCAUGAGGAGAUGGAGCGGAAGCUGCGGAUGUAAAAGCUUCACCAAUGAGAAUGUGGUGGGGUGUAAUUCUUCUGUCGAGGAAACGAUGGGACGGGUAAAGGACAGGCAACACGAGAGGGUGGCUAAGGCGGAGGUGACAUGGCGGUUGAGGCUCCUCGCCAGGAAAUGUCACAUGAGACCAUAAGAAACCACAAUCGGCCAACGCUGACCGUCCAUUAGCCGCCUAGCCACGGACUUUGCCUGCUUGUUGCUAAACUCGAAAUACUCAUGGCUUAACCGGUUAUGCUCUUUAUCCACAGGCAUUGAUACUGGGCUCAAGACGACUAGAACCUACUAGAACCUAUGCACGAUAUAAAGGGAGCCUACUGUGCAUCGUACCAAGAAGAAAGAAACAGCAGCAGUGAGGGGAACAAUACAAAUCGUAAAUGACGGAUCAGCAGACCCGAGCGUAGCAAUGAGAAAUAAAAGAUAACGCCGCCCCCGAGCCC